UGCUAAUUGCUGCAAUUUCGUCAAAACAGAGACCCUGAGAAUUAAACAUAUUUGAAAUCUAUUUUUUUUUUUCAUAUACUAUGCUUCUCUUGUUUUCGCCUACGCUCCAUUCUGAAUUGAUUCUGCUAUGACGCAGAAAACGAGUAGAUAAAAGUCGAUAUCACAAGUAAACCCAGAAAGUCAGUAUUUCCCAGUCACGCAGCAAGUAUGGUCGCCUUACCACCACGUAGUGUUGGACUUGUUGUAGUCGAAUCAUCGACAUCUGCACUUCUAGUACUAUCGGCUAUCCUCGGCAAUUCACUGCUUCUCGUUUCUUUGUACAGAAAGCCUCGUUUGAAGAGUUCAACUGGCAUUUUGAUCGCAGCUUUGGCGAUGACUGAUCUACUCAACGCUUUCAUUCCCGGAGCCCUAUUCUGGUCCUCUCUUACGAAAGGAAAGAUGUCUCUUAAUAAUUUUAGUUGCCAGAUUAGUGGCUUCUUCAUGCACUUUUUGACUUAUGCAUCCAUGACGACUAUGGCUCUAACGGCCAUCAAUCGAUACGUUUGUGUUUUGAAGCCCAACGUGUCUAAAAAAGCUUUCAGCUAUCACCGAUCGAUGCUGUAUAUUGCUUGCCUGUGGGUAUUUGUAGCAGUGGUUGUCUUUCUUCCUAUAGUGUCUGGUUCCUCCACAUUUGCUUCCAACCCCGUCAUGGCCGCGUGUGCAAUGAAAUUUACCACAAGAAACGCAGAGAUUGGCUACACGUUCUUCAUCGUGGCUUUUUUUGUGGUUUGCUGCUUGAUAAUCAUAUCGGUGUGCUACUUUCGCGUUUCCCGAUUCAUCCGCCAUCACAACAUCAACACCACCUCGCAGCUGUCGAUGCAAGAGAUCAACUUGACCAAGGCGUUGUUCGUUCUCGUGUUUACAUUUGCGGCGUUAUGGAUACCUGCUUUCUUGAUGGUUGUCCUGAGCCGUCUGGUGCUGAAGGCGAAACUUCCCCGUCAGUUCGUUCUGGUCGUGCCUUAUGUCAUACACUUGAGCAGCGCUUUAAAUCCGUGGAUAUACGGUGUCAUGUGUCCAGUUGUUCGUAACAAGAUGAAGAAGACUCUUUUUGUAUGGAAGGGGCGUGGCUCAACCGUCUCUGUCGGACCUGAAAUAACUGUCGCUCGCUCCUUGGAACCAGCCCGACCAACAAGUGAAAUUACUACCCACGUGAGUGUUUUGCCAAACGUGACUUCCUAACAAGCUGCAGAAAUAACCAGAUUCAUGCACAAAGGAAACUAUAGCGAGGAACAAUUUGCAAGCCCCAGAAGUCGGAGAAUGCACUUUUUGAAAAACUAUCCUGGCUUAGUAUUUUAAAGUACUUUCUCUAUUUUUGUGUGCUUACUGAUCAUGACUCUUUCACUUUUUCGUUCUUUUCUCCGGCUUUUAAUAACUAUUUAUGAUGUGUAUGACACACCUGUUAUUCAAGGUACCGUACUCUGGUUUACACAGGUCAUGUACGCAAAUAUAAUAUUGCUCUUAAGGAAUGUAUCGUAAUAUACUAUAAGUCAGUCAGUCAG